CCCGCCGGGCCGCACAUGCUCGCUGUGCCCGACAUGGCGGCUCCCAGCGCGGGGCUGCGCCAGCGCCGCCCGGGCCGGGCCGGAGCCCCCGAUGGAGCUCCCGGAGCGGCCCCCGCUGCAUCCCCCGAGCCCGGGCUCGCUACCGCGGCCCCGCCGCUCUCCCCGGGCACCUUCUGGCUGACCCGCAUCGUGCUGCUGCGCUCCAUUGCCUUCCUGUACUGAUGGGAAUCACAGCUCCUGGAGACAGGAUUCCUGGGAAUAUUCCUGUGCCCCCUCUGGACCCUGUCCCGCCUGCCCCAGGGCUCUCCUCCUUCCAGGAUUGUCAUCUGGAGCUUCCGCUGGCUGAUUUUCAGGAUCAUGCUGGGAGCGGGGCUGAUUAAAAUCCGAGGAGAUCGCUGCUGGAGAGAGUUAACUUGCAUGGAUUAUCACUACGAGACGCAGCCGGUGCCCAACCCCAUCUCGUACUUCAUGCACCGCUCGCCCUGGUGGUUCCACCGCCUCGAGACCUUGGUCAACCACUUCAUCGAGCUGGUGGUGCCCUUCUUCCUGCUGCUGGGCAGGAGGAUGGGCAUCCUGCACGGCCUCCUGCAGAUCCUCUUCCAGGUGCUCCUGAUCAUAAGUGGGAACCUGAGUUUCCUGAACUGGCUGACCAUGGUGCCCAGCCUGGCGUGCUUUGACGACGCCAGCCUGGGGCUGCUCUUCGGUUCGCGGCUGCGGGAGCGGGCGGCGCGGCUGCAGCUCCCGGCGGGACAGAGGCUUUCCCUGGGCUCCUGUGUCCGCAGAGUGCUGAACAUCUCCUUGGGGCUCCUCAUCACCUACCUGAGCAUCCCGGUGGUGCUGAACCUGCUCAACUCCAGACAGGUCAUGAACACCUCCUUCAACUCCCUCAGGAUCGUCAACACCUACGGAGCCUUUGGGAGCAUCACCAAGGAGAGGACAGAAGUCAUCCUUCAGGGGACAUCCAGCCCGGAUCCCAAUGACCCCACAGCAGUCUGGGAGGAGUUUGAGUUCAAGUGCAAGCCCGGGGACCUGAGGAGGAGGCCGUGCCUCAUCUCCCCCUACCACUAUCGCCUCGACUGGCUCAUGUGGUUUGCUGCCUUCCAGACCUACGAGCAGAACGAAUGGAUCAUCCACCUGGCUGGGAAGCUGCUGGCCCAGGAGGAGGAGACCUUGUCCCUGCUGGCCACAAACCCCUUUGCAGGCAGAGACCCUCCAAGGUGGAUCCGUGGGGAACACUUCAGGUACAAGUUCAGCCAGCCCGGGGGGCAGCACGCCCGCGACGGGAAGUGGUGGAUCCGGAGGAGGAUCGGCCCCUAUUUCCCCCCCGUCAACCUGCAGGGCCUCAGGAAGUUCUUUGAGGACAGGAACUGGCCUUAUCCCGUGCAGGACUGAGGGAAAAGGACGGCCAGGACGAGAGGGACCAGCUGGGAAGGUGGAGAAGGGGCAGCUCCCUCCCAAACACCUCCUGCUCUGUUUUACAUCCACAUCCUUGGUCACGCCUGUUUUCCAGAAGAUUCCCAGCCAGUUUGCCCACUUGCUCUGUGAGCUGCUUUUUCUCACCUCAGUGGCUGAUUUCUUUUGCCAGGCUGCUCCAUUCAGGAAUUCCUCUGGAACUGGGAAAAA